UGAUAUAUAGUUUAUAGGUUAGCGCAUGCGUGUUAGGUUGAAAUGGAAGGGUCAUACAAAUCGUUUACCACAAACACCGCGAGAAGGCGCGAUGAUCGUACCUCUAAAGAGGGGUGUAGUUUUUUUUCGAACAAAUGGUGGGGGUGUCGAAGGGGCGGGUAUGGCCCGUGGUCGUAACAACGGAACCGUAUCAGUGUGAGGCCGGCUAUCAGCCGCCUAACAUCGAGGUUGGGGUUACGCUUGUAUACGUAACGCGGCUGCCGCAGGCACCCACACACAUAUACUUGCGACACCCGUGCACGGAUUCUCGCGGAUUCUCUUGUCGUGGGCUAGGCGAGCAGAGGGAUCUGCGAACUGUUCACGCGGGGAAUCCUUUUCGGCUGUCAACGGGUGGGCAGCCUUUCUCAAUGCAAGAAGGAUCAACGGUGCGCCAUACGUCGAAACGAACAACCGGCCUCCGGAAGAAUGGAGUGUGGACAACGUAGAAAGUAAAAACUAUAGACAGGACGAUUUAAAAAGAAACAGAGACAGAGAUAAAGAAAGAAAAGGAAAAACAAUAAGAGAGAAAGAAAGAGAAAAGAACUGGUGGUAUCAUCGUCGGUAAGGAAACUGCGUAACAUAAACGGGUCACGCGAGUAAGCCGUGUUAUUGGUGUCCCGUGCUUCUAGGGGGAAAUAUCGAGAAGCGGUGAGUGCGGUAUCGAGAGUAAUUAAGCAGUCGCGGGAUUAUUCGGUAAUAAUGGCUGAUCGCGAUUGAUUGAGGGAGACAGGACAAGUAUGUGCACGGCCACUGGUGUACAUUUUGGUUACAUUUAGCCGAAUAACGCGAUAGAA